GGUGAAUAUGAAAUACAAGUCAGACCAACCACACUUGAAAAACUAUUUUAAGAAUGCAUGCCAACUUAACCAUCUUCCUAUCAUUGUUAUUUCUUCAAGUCACCACAUCUACUCUCCUUGAAUCUCCUUCCAAAAUGACAACACCACUUGCUCGCUUAAAUUCUUCUUUAAAGCUAAAUAUUCCAGUUUUCUUACUUCUUGUCGUCUUCGUAUCCGAUGCUCAACCACAAAAUCUUGUCAAGAAACACCACAAGGUUUCUGCUGUUUUGGUGUUCGGAGACUCCACUUCUGAUCCUGGAAACAACAACUACAUUCUGACACCUUUCAAGGGCAACUUCCCACCUUAUGGGAGGGAUUUUGCAGACCAAAAACCCACCGGAAGGUUUAGCAACGGAUUGCUAACUAGUGAUUUUAUUGCAAGGCAUGUGGGUGUGAAGGAUAAUGUACCUGCAUAUUUGGACCCUUCACUUACCAUUCAUGAUUUCAUGACUGGAGUUAGCUUUGCAUCUGCUGGAUCUGGAUACGACCCUCUUACACCAACGAUAAGCAACGUCAUUCCAUUGCCACGACAAUUGGAGUAUUUCAAAGAGUAUAAAGUUAAACUGGUUGCGGCGAUCGGAAAGAAGAAAACAAAAGAAAUAAUAAACAAUGCAUUAUACCUCGUGAGUGCGGGUACAAAUGAUUUUGUUGUAAAUUAUUUUACGUUACCGAUUAGGAGACACGAAUAUAGUCUUCCAAGCUACAUGAACUUUGUGAUGAAGACACAAUUGGAUUUCUUGCAGGCCUUGUGGGGUGAAGGUGCUCGUAAGAUUGGAGUUGCAGGGCUACCUCCAAUGGGAUGCUUGCCGAUUGUUAUCACUCUUUUCUCCAAAAAUGCAAUUCAUGAUCGUGGUUGUAUCGAUUUCUUCUCAUCAGUAGCAAGAACUUACAAUUCCAUGCUACAAACUCAAUUAAACCUCAUGCAUUUUAACCAUGCCCAUGAAGGUGCCCGAAUCGCCUAUUUUGAUAUUUAUUCACCCUUAUUAGACGGGAUUGUCGGCCAUAAAUAUGGGUUCAAAGAAGUUAGGCUCGGUUGUUGUGGGACUGGCUUGUUAGAAACGACAUUCCUAUGCAAUCCUAGUUCAAAAACAUGUUCAGAUGCAUCUAAAUAUGCAUUUUGGGAUUCAAUUCAUCCGACUCAAGAGAUGUAUAAGAUUUGUUCCAAAGCGCUCCAACCUACCAUCGACCACAUGAUCAGGGACUAAACCAAUAUACUUAGAAACUAUGGGCAUAAUGUACAAUUAUUCAUCAUUUAAGAGUGGAGGGGUCUUAUGAAUUACCAAUAUAUAUGGUUUUUGUUUGGAUCCCAAAUAUAGUAAUAAAAAAUUAAUUGUGUAUUAAGAUCAUUU